GUGCUUUGACAUCCAAGCUCUCAACAAGGCUGACUAUGUCGGCAACGGCAGCUGGCAACAGACCUUCACCAGCUCAUCCAGGACCAAAUGGAGGGAAUCCUCGCGCUAACUAUGAACCACCUUCUCAGCAGCAAGACCCAGGACCUUCAUCCCAUCCCCAACACCACGUCUCUGCCCGGCCGGUCUUCUAUGUCCAUGCUCCACCCCCACCCCCUUUCCUUCACUACCAGUGGCCCAUGCCCUUCUCCUAUAACCCCUUUGUGGGCUUCCCAGGCAUGGGCUAUGGUAUGGUAAUGCCCCCAUUCCCCCCUCCUCCCUACAUGGAGGCUCCAGCCUACAUUCUUCCCCACCCUCAACUUCAACCAGUUGACUACAGACGUAUGAUGCACCCCCAGGUGUACGCUCCCAGUGCACCCUACCAGAACCCUAACCAGACCCGCAGAGUCCACCUGCCAUAUACUGGACCUGUUAGAGAAACGGUGAACUCUGAGGUCCAAACGGAACCCACUCGGAGAGGUGUAGGUGACUACGGUGAGGAAAGCCCAGUCCUCAGCACAGAUUCUGGGGGUGGAACUGCCUCAAACUCUCCAUCGCCCUCAAGGUCCACCUCCAAAAAACAAGGCUCUGCCGUGGUUGAGAACUAUGCCUUACCCGGCAUCACUACAAACGACAAACCGGCCAAAAGGACAAGCCCAUGUAGCGCAGUCAAAUGCUGCAUUGAUGUUGUGCAGCCUACGGGAUUGAACACUAUCCAGGCGCGUAUCAGAGCAACUCUAGAAAAGCAGCGAAGCAAUAAAGACGAUGACUGUCAGACUGUUCCCCCUUGCUUAGACACUCGCUGCAAUGUGUGGUCAGUGAGUUCUGCAGAUGCUAUGGUUCCUGUGUGUAGCUCUUCUCAACAAGAGGAGGACGUUGUCCAAGAGAGACUCAAAUCUGUUCCUGACAUUCUGAUGAGUUCGGGAGGUGGCACGCCGCAGGCAACUAAGCUGACUAUGGCAGACAAGCUGCCUCAAAAUGACCUUGGAACUGAAGUAGAGCAACAGUUUGUUUACCAGAGUCCAACUGAGACCACAAAGGGUCCAGUGGUGGCGGACAGUGUUUUUGCCAAUGAUGCUGACGCUAACUUAAACUCAAGGGACAGUGCAACCCUUUUCAAGAUCCUCAAAAUGAGAGAAGCUCAUGAAGAUCGAAAGGCAGAGUCCAAAAGUGAAACGGGGUCUGUGGGAUUGGUUAGCUCUUUUGGCCAUUGCCCACCCUACAGAAAUGAUUUUUUGCAUUCACUAAACUCUUCCCAUGAGCUCUCUGACGAUGAGCAGGAAAAUGGGGACGAGACACAUCCACACAAAGACACUGCAGACAUCACUCCCUAUCACAUGUCUUUAAAUAGCGGUCAGAUGAAGAGAAAAAUGAAUGAGUCGGUUUGGUCUGUAGAGUCUCUGGUACCAUUUAUCCCCAGUAAAGAGUGGCUUCUGCAGAACAACAUGUUUGAGCCUAAAGUCAUCUUUGAGAUGACGGAAGAAGCUGAAAAUGGUAGACCGUCAACCCCGGACAACCAAAUUGUCACAGCUGGUAAAGAGAGAAGGCAGACUUCCAGGUAUUCCUCUUCUGAAUCUGUUCUAAUGUCGGACAGCUGGCUCAUGUUCAGUACCCCCGCUGAGAAGCUAAGUCCACCAAAGAAGCAAGAAGUGGAGAGUGAAAUUGAUGCUUCUGAAAGGAGGAGCCCAAAGCCAAGCCUGAACAUUGGUCCUUCAGAAAAGGAUUCCGUCACUUCCCAAACUCACCUGCCACCAAGUAAAAUAGUUAUAUAUCCUGCCACUGAAGAGGAUGUGGAUAAAAAUAGGUCUUCUGAACCUGAGGCUAAUCAAAGCCCAAACCAGGAAUCGCUCAUUAUAAAUGAGCAGCAGGAGAAAAGCCCUGGCUUCUCCAAGCAGGACGAAACACUCCCCUUGAAUUCUGCAGCAGGAGGGGAAAUCUCCUCUCCAGGCCAGAUGACUCUCCAGAACGAAGUGGACAUGGAGGCGGAGGAUGAAGCAGGCAGGAACAAAGAAGUCAGCCAGCCGAAUAAUCAGCAACUGUGUGUCCCGAUGGCGGACCAGAAGAUGGCCGAAGUGUCUCCGUCAAAGGGACAGUUGGUGGACUGUGGCGUCCAAUGCACCCAACUAAAGGAUUGUGACUGCAAGGAGAGGGGAAGGCAUAGUUUGAAAUGCACAGAUAAGAAGACAAUUAAUGGGCAGGCUGGAGGAUUCACCGUGAAGGGACGAAUGCAGAAACACCAGAAGAAGAAUCAUUGGAGGAACAGAGGUCCAGACAAGCAAAGCAGCCAGCAGGAAGCCGACAAUGGAUACUAUGGGAAACCCCAAGGUGGAAAUGGAAGGAACUCGCGUUACUGAACACUGACUGCACCCUAC